AUGCGGCCAUCAAUUGCAGCCAUAUUGGCUAUGUGGGUUUGUUCCUCCGAGGCCAACAUAGCGGGAGUUGGAGCGCCUGAAACGAUCCAACCUGGUUCCGCGGCCGAUCUCAAGAUCUGGGCUGGCGGUGUAAAGCCAAUCUCAAUUGACGUCGCCGUCGCUUUCGGGUGGUCUCCCCGCGAUUCUGCAGUCGAGGGGACCAUUGGAAAUCUUCUGCGGUACACUUAUAUUGGACCCUACGAGUCUACUCUAGGCGGUUGGAAUAUAUCAAUUCCUGUACGGUUUCCGGUCGAUAUGCCCAAGGGCGAAGGUGUUAUCUCGGCAUCCAUCUUUAGUUUGCUACAUGACCAGCAUGUCGCCUAUUUAAGAAACUACCAACUGAAUGUCACCUUCGGCUCGAAGACGUCUCCUAAUUACGUCUUUCAAUGA